CCAUCUCACUGGUAUCGCUCUCGCCACAACCAAAACCCUCAAAAAACCCCCAAUACAGCUGAGAAGUGAAGCUCAAAACAGAGAGGAGCAGCUCGAGCAGUGCUCAAAUGGCGGCUAAGAAAGAAGAAAGCAACAAAAAGAAGAGAAAGGAAAACCUAGAUGGAAAGACCGGAGAAGGUAGUUCACCUUCCAAAAAGCAGAAGCUCCUUGGUUCAAAUCCCGUGACGGGGAAAUCGAAGAAACCUUCUAAGCCUUUUAAAAAACCGCGAAAGCCGAAUGAAAUGGAAUCCGGUAAAGAUAAGCAGCCGCCGGAAACAAAGCGGGAGCGUCGACUUCGAGCUAAGGAAUUGGCAGAGGCUAGGAAGAAGAAAAGAAAGCGGCAUUACAAUUUGGAGCAAGAGCUUGCAUCACUCUGGGAGAAGAUGAGGCAGCGUAAUAUUGCUAAAGAAGAAAGAUCAAAGAUAAUUAGUGAAGCUUUGCAAAAGAUGAAGGGAAAAAUUCCAGAAAUUGCUAGCUCCCAUGUUUCUUCUCGUGUUUUGCAGACCUGUGUUAAGUAUUGUUCACAAACCGAAAGGGAUGCUGUAUUUGAGGAGCUUAAGCCGCAUUUUCUUAACUUUUCAUGCAACACCUAUGCUGUUCAUCUGGUGAAGAAAAUGUUGGAUAAUGCUUCUAAAAAGCAGCUGGCAGAGUUUAUCUCCAACCUCCAUGGGCAGGUUGCUUCUCUUCUUCGACACAUGGUUGGAUCAGUUGUUAUUGAGCAUGCAUACCAGCUUGGAAAUGCAACUCAAAAACAAGAGCUUCUGCUGGAAUUAUAUUCUGCUGAGCUUCAGUUGUUCAAGGACCUUACCUUAAUGAAAGAAAGCAGAUUGCUUGAUGUAAUCUCAAAGUUGAACCUACAGAAGGCUUCAGUCUUGCGACACAUGACUGGUGUGAUUCAGCCAAUUCUUGAGAAGGGGAUAGUUGACCACUCUAUUAUACACAGAGUGCUGAUAGAGUAUUUUAGCAUAGCUGAUAAGUCCUCUGCAGCAGAAGUAAUUCAGCAACUGUCGGGUCCACUUCUUGUUCGAAUGAUCCAUACAAGGGAUGGAUCAAGGAUCGGAAUGCUCUGUGUAAAACAUGGAAGUGCUAAGGAAAGAAAGAAGAUUGUCAAAGGAAUGAAAGGCCACAUAGGCAAGAUAGCUCAUGAUCAAUAUGGAAGCUUGGUUCUUGCUUGCAUUGUUUCAACUGUUGAUGACACAAAGCUUGUAACAAAGAUUGUCAUCCGUGAGCUUCAAAUGAUUCUAAAGGAGCUUGUUUUGGAUAAGAACGGAAGGCGCCCAUUACUACAGCUCCUUCAUCCAAAUUGUUCACGCUAUUUCAGCCCUGAUGAUAUCGCUGCUUUCAAUUUAUCUAUUCCCUCUCUCAGUGCCAAGAGUGAGUUGGAAGAAAAGUCCGACACAAAGUCUUCAAAGUAUGAAGAAUCUAGUGACAAGGACAUUGGCACUAAAAUCACAAUUGCUGGGGCCGAUGAAGAUGCAAUUUCUGAGGACAUUCUCUUCACUGAUGGUGGAAAGAAAGAUCCUUCUUUAAGAAGACAAGAGUUGUUGAUCAGCAGUGGCCUUGCUGAGAACCUCAUCGAUGUAUGCAUUGAGAAUGCAGGAGAGUUUCUCAGAUCAAAUUUUGGCAAGGAAGUCUUUUAUGAAGUUGCAACUGGCGGUGCUGGUGGCAUUCUCCACCCAGAGCUUGAUGACAAGUUGAACACCUUGCAUGACGCUGUAGCAUCUCUUGCAGCAGAGCCUAAAUCUGAAGAAUCAGAACUGGAGCAUGUCCUUGAAAAUUUUCACUCCAGUCGAACCAUUAAAAAAUUAGUUAUGGAUAGCUCGACCUUUGCUACUACAUUAUGGAUGAAAGCUUUGAACGGGAAAUGUGAGUUGUGGGCCAAAGGUCACAGUUCUAAGGUAAUAUGUGCUUUCUUAGAAUCUUCGGAUGCCAAAAUAUCUGGAGUAGCCAAGGAAGAGCUGCAGCCACUGGUAGAUAGUGGCAAGCUCAGAAUACCUGAAAACAAGCAAAAACCAGGAAAAGAAGGUUAAGCUUGCAAUGAUUUUUCCUCGAAGAAACAAGCACAGAAUCUUGUGGUCGAGGAUUCAAUUGAAUUUUGCCUCUCAGCCCAGCCAAGAAGUGAUUUAGAAAAUUGUUGUAACAUAAUGAAAGAACUGAGCAGAGUGCUUAGAGCUAGAAAAAGAUAAAAAUUGACAUUUUGUGCCAAGUUAGUAAAAAUGAGAGCAUCUAAUAUUAUUAUAUGAAUUUUUUGUUCAACAAAAUUUCCUACAAUAUAGUUUCUUUCUGUUGUGGAUC